AUGCGUGUGUACGUUCUUCUCGUGUUCAUCGCUCUGGCAUGCGCCGUUCAGGGAGGUCUAAUCCCCCGCAUCGUUGGUGGUAAAGAUGCUCCCGUCGGUAAAUAUCCGUAUCAAGUAUCGUUGAGAUUCGCCGGCAGUCACUCAUGCGGUGGAUCCAUUCUUGAUGAAAAGAACGUACUGACUGCAGCGCAUUGCCUCCAGGGGAGAGAAAAUUAUUUACAUUUGUUGAAAGUCCACGCCGGCACCAACUUCCAGAACGAGACAGGCGACGUUUAUUCAACGGCAUCUAUCAAAAUUCAUAAAGACUUCAAUAUAGUUCAACUUAUUAAUGACCUUGGCAUCAUUCAUGUUUCUACACCGAUCAAAUUCAAUGCGAAAGUGCAACCGAUACAGCUUACGACUACUAACGUUGAUAACGGAGCGUGCAAAUUAACUGGAUGGGGAAGUACUAGGCUCGGUGGAUCUACUCCGAACAACUUGCAAGAAAUCGAUUUGCAAGUAUACCCUUACAACAAAUGCAAGAUAAUGCACAGCCAAGUACGGGAAAGCCACAUUUGUAGUUUGACCAAAGAAGGAGAAGGCGCAUGUCAUGGUGAUUCCGGCGGACCUUUGGUAGUCAAUGACGCCGGAUCCGUCGUUCAAGUCGGAAUCGUUUCUUUCGGUCGACCUUGCGCGGUUGGAUAUCCGGACGUAUACACGCGAGUGUACUCUUUCAGGAAUUGGAUUGCCGAAAAUAAGAAUGUCAGUAAAUCUACAAUCGAUAUGGGUGCAUACUUUCUUCUCAUAUUCGUCGCUCUGGCAUGCGCCGCUCAGGGUGGUCUGAUUCCUCACAUUAUCGGAGGCAGAGAUGCUCCCAUCGGCAAAUAUCCGUACCAAGUAUCGUUGAAAUACUUUGACUCACAUACGUGCGGCGGAUCCAUCAUUGACAAUCGUAACAUUCUGACAGCAGCUCAUUGCAUCGAGAAGAAAUAUUUACAAUCUUUAAAAGUUCACGCUGGCACAAAUUUUCAAAACGAGACGGGCGACGUUUAUUUAGCGGAAUCUGUUAGUAUUCAUGCAAACUACUCAGGAGUAAAAUUUAUUAAUGACAUUGGCUUAAUUCAUCUUAAAACACCGAUUGAGUUCAAUACGAAGGUGCAACCGAUACAGCUUACGACUAGUAACGUCGAUAACGGACCAUGCAAAUUAAGUGGAUGGGGAACUACUAAUGGUGAUAGAAGUGCUUCGAACAACUUGCAAGAAAUCGACUUGCAACUAUACCCUUACGAGAAAUGCAGAGUAGCCUACAACUUUCUACAGAAAAACCACAUUUGUACCUUGACCAAAAUAGGAGAAGGCGCAUGUUUUGGUGAUUCCGGCGGACCUUUGAUAGUCGAUGGCGUUCAAGUCGGAAUCGUUUCUUUCGGUCGACUUUGCGCGUUUGGAUUUCCGGACGUAUACACGCGAGUGUACUCUUUCAGGAAUUGGAUUGCAGAAAAUAGGAACGAUUUUGAAACAUAUAUAAACCCGGGAAUGCACCUUUAUUCCAAUAAGUCUGCAAGAAUGGGUGCGUACGCUCUUCUCGUGUUCAUUGCGCUGGCAUGCGCCGUUCAGGGAGCUCUGAUUCCUCGCAUUAUCGGUGGCAAAGAUGCUCCUAUUGGUAAAUAUCCGUAUCAAGUGUCGUUGAGAUUUUUCGGCAGUCACACGUGCGGCGGAUCUAUCAUUGACAGUCGUAAUAUACUGACGGCAGCUCAUUGCCUCCAGGGGAGAGAAGGAGAAGAGCGUUAUUUGAAAGUCCACGCCGGAACAAACCUCCAAAGCGAAGCGGGCGAGGUUUAUUCAGUGGAAUCUUUCAAAAUCCAUGAAAAAUUCAGUUUAAUUCGGCUCAUUAAUGAUGUGGGCAUAAUUCAUUUAGCAACGCCGAUGACGUUCAGUUCGAGAGUGCAGCCGAUAAGACUUGCGACUACUAACGUCGAUAAUGGACCGUGCAAGUUAACAGGAUGGGGAUCUACCAUACUCGGUGGACCCACUCCGAACAAGUUGCAAGAAAUCGACUUGCAACUAUACCCUUACGAGAAAUGUAGGGUCAUGCAUAGCCAAGUACAGCAAAGCCACAUUUGUACUUUCACUAAGGCAGGAGAAGGCGCGUGCCACGGUGAUUCCGGUGGACCUUUGGUGGUCGGUGACGUUCAAGUUGGAAUUGUCUCCUUCGGUCGACCAUGUGCAGUUGGAUAUCCGGAUGUAUUCACGCGAGUGUUCUCGUUCAAACAGUGGAUCGAACAGAAUAAGAAAUACUAA